AUGUCUUACGGCAAGGGGUCAGCGAGACCUGACGCUAUGAGUCUCCCAGAACACCUAAUACCACAUGGUAUGCUUGGUCAAAUUGGAAGAAGCCAACGACCCCCGCAAGAAUUGAAUAACUCACAGUCUUACCACGAGACAGAUUCUGCUCCUAGUCAUACCGAGUUUGUCUCAUCGGCUGCGGAUGCAGCUUUUGACAAUUCUAAUAAGUUAUCUCACUCCUCACUGCUGCUACUGUACGACAGGCAACAACAACAACUACCACAAGGCAUGGUGAAUCAAUAUCCCGACACAAAAUCCGCUGGUUAUAACUCUAGGUGGGCAGGGCCAUCCACUGGCAAAGCGCCCUACCCCACGUCCAACAACUUUUCAAACCCAGAUAGCCUCAAUGAUGCUCAGCACUCCCAACAAAUUCCUUAUAAUGGGAGGUACCAGCCACAGUAUACUGCUCACCAGGUAAACCGUCCACAAUAUCAAGGCCAGAGGCUGAUGACAAGCACGCUGAGUAACCCUUACCCGGCACCAUACGCGAACUCGAGCGCUGGUCAGCUUCCGAGGCAGGGCCUGCGAGGCACACUUCAAUCACAAAACGGAAGCUCACUCUCACUUGAUACUACGGGCUCCAUUCAGAAUCCACCAUAUGGAGCUGGUCCUCCUUUUGGAACUGUGCCUGAGUAUGGCUACGCGGAACAUCCCACCUCAAUGAACUCCGGUGUUACCGGACAGCAUGAUAUGCCCCAUCUCAACCUGGCCUUCAAAGACUCAGUAAUUCUCACAAUCAACAUGAAGGAUGGAUUGGAAUACCAUGACUCUUUUACUGGCGACACAGCAGUUGAUGUGAUUUGCAGCAUUAUCCGCACCAAUGACAGAAAUCUUGCAUUGCUCUUAGGACGCUCAUUAGAUGCACAGAAGUUCUUUCACGACGUUACAUACAAUCACAGACUAAGAGACCUGAGUCACGAGGUUUACACAUUCAGCCGGAAUUACAAUGAUGUUGAAUUUUUCGCAGAAGAUGGGAAUGGCCAUGGCAGCAACAAUAAUUCGAAUCGUGGUUCGUUUAAUGAGCAUCAGAUGUCCGUUCUGCCGCAGCCUCCAUCAUCUGCCCCAUAUCCUACCUCAUCAGCACCUCCAAGUAUACCUCCAAGCCCCGUCGAUGGUGGCAUUGCUGUCUUUGGACAGAAUCACAAGCCACGAGAGCUCCAGGAAUCUUCAGGUGUCAACGGUGUGUUCACAAUUUUGAGUAACUGUUAUUCGCCAACUUGUACACGCGAUAGUCUUUGUUACUCUAUUGCUUGUCCCCGCAGAUUAGAGCAACAAGCAAGACUAAACAUGAAACCAAGAGGUGGACUUAAAAGAGCAGUUUCUAGACUUUCUUUGCAUGACAAUGAGACCAACAAAACACUUUGGCACGAAACUGUCGAUCAACUGGUUCUUGAUGAUCUCGAUAAACAUGAGAAGAUGCGCCAAGAACUAAUCUACGAGCUUAUCUAUACUGAGAGAGAUUAUGUCAAGGAUCUUGAGUUUAUGACAGACUUUUACAUACUUCCAUUGCGCAAUCCGGCGAAUAAUAUCAUUCCAGAGCGUGAACGGGAGGCUUUCAUACGAACUGUCUUCGGUGGAGUGAGUGAAUUGCUACGCCUUGGAAAGAGUCUUAGUGAAGCACUCACGAACAGGCAACAGCAACAGAAACCUGUCGUGGAGAGUGUUGGUGACGUGUUUUUGCAGUUUGUGGGCUCCUUUGAUCCAUUCAUUAAAUACUCUGGUAACAAGGUCUUCGCCAGUUUCGAACAUGAAAGGCAGCAACAAGUGAACGUCAAAUAUGCGAGAUUUUUGGAUGCGAUUGAGAAGAAACCAGAGUCAAGGAAACAAGACUUAUCAUCAUUUUUGAUUAAGGGUGUUCAACGUCCUGCAAGGUACCAACUUCUUUUAGGCGGUAUCCUUAAGAAUACGAAUGAAUCAUCUCCGGACUACAAGAAUCUUGUGAAAGCAAAGGAAGAAAUUGAAAAGGUAUUGAAUAAGAUCAACAUCCAGACUGGUGAAAGUACUGAUCGUCAUAAGAUAAUGGUUUUGCAUAGACUUCUUGGCCGGCAAACACUAGAGGACAGAUUCAACUUCAAACUCAACUACAACAAUAGGAUUAUUUAUCAGGUUACACUCAGCAGAAAGCGUGAUAAUGAGAAGAUUGAUCUCUAUUUGUUUGAACACGCAUUAUUGCUCGUGAAACACAAGAUACAAAACAAGAGAGAAGUCCACAAGGUCUUUGAAAAGCCGAUUUACUUGCCAUUGCUUUUUGUGAACAGUGGGUAUGAUUCUCCAGGAAUCAAGUCCAUUCUACAGUUUAGAGAAAACGGUUCAAUAGUAUCUGACACGAGUUUGAGAAAUCGUGCUGAAGCAUCAAACUAUAAUCCCGUAUCUUCCUCGCAGCAAAAGCUUCAGGUCAAUUUCUUGGGACUUGGUAAUAAUCCUGUGCAUGUCUCGUUGUACGCAGACGAUGUUACCAAUCAGAGCCAAAUCUUACUGCAAGUUCAGCAGCAGCAAAGGAAACUACUUGAUAAGCAUGAUAUAUUUUCCCUAAGCAAGUAUGAGACUCGAAGGUUCACUGGUCACAAUAGGAUUAAUUGUGCAGUGCCUUGCUACGGUGGAAAGAAGUUGUUAUACGGUACCGAUGCUGGCGUUUGGGUUUCUACUGUGCGUUCUAUCAGCAUGACGUCUAAUGAGAAGAUUUGUUCUGACCCAACAAUGGUAAUCAGCAAGCCUUACAUUUCCCAAAUGGAGGUUUUGGUUGAGUAUUCAAAGUUAUUGGUUCUUUCUGAGAAGACGUUGUAUGAGUUCGACCUUUCAUGCACGGACUCGCUUGACCAUGUGAAGAAUACGAGAAGUGGAAAGAUUAUACUCAACUAUGUGUCUUUUUUCAAAACAGGCGUUUGUGAUGGUCGAUUGUUGGUUUGCGCAGUAAAGAGUGGAAGUGCAAAAGCUAUCAGCAUUGUUGAGCCCACCAAUCCAUUUGACCCCAAGAUGAGAGGAAAGGGAAAGAAACCGGAGGUUCGAGAGAUUGCUUUCAUGUCCGAGCCUGUCUCGAUUUCAUUUUUGAAGACCAAGUUGUGUAUUGGUUGCACGAAGGGUUUCGAAAUUUUAUCCCUCGAAGCUGGAAGGAAAGAGCCUAUUCUUGAUGAAGCAGACCCUUCAUUGGAUUUUGCCACGCAAAGAGAAAGUGUGGCCCCUCUAGGUAUUCAUAGGUUGGGGAAGAAUUUCCUUUUGAGUUACAGUGAAUUUUCCUUCUUGAUCAACCGUAACGGUUGGAGAACAAAACAUGACUGGGGAAUAUUUUGGGAGGGUUCACCGCAAAAUAUUGCAUUAUUCUAUCCAUACUUGUUGGCUUUCGACCCUGGUUUCAUUGAGAUACGUGACUUGGAAAGCACGACUCUUAUCAGAGCAUUGAUUGGUGAAAACAUUCGAUUCUUGCAUUCGAACGAGCACGAGGCUUUGUAUGCGUGUGAAGAAAAUGGCUACGAUAUCAUCGUUUCGAUUGACUUCUUAAAUUUGAAGCCGAAGCAAAAAAGUUAA